AUGGCACGAAACUGUUCACUGAGAAGAAACGGAAAUGGUAACACACACACGCAAUUAAAAGCCUGCCAACGGUCAGAGCAAACAACCGAAGUAUUCGUUGAUUUUCAGAGGGUACUCUUGCAGUAUUCGGUACUUUCUUGCAUUGUAAACCUGUAA